UGCGCAGCAGCGUUGAAUCGGAGAACGACCAGUCGACGCCGGUGACGUCUCAGCCUGUUGCUGCUUGCUCGACGUCGAAGUCGUCAAGUCGGAGACUGUAUGCGAACGACGUUCUAGCCAACGCAAGGUAACCUCUUCUGCUUGGAGCUCCCUUCUUCGUCAUUGAGUUGGCCGCUGCGGCUUCUGCAGGUGCGGUCGCCGCUGGCAGCCACCACGACCACCGGAGUUACGACGCGAUUGCGUUGAAGAGUCUGCUGACGCGCCCUGGUCACCGGUUAUACUGCUGCCGUUGUGUGAUCCACCGACGGCGUUGCUAUGCUUCUGGUGCCGCACCGGUGAGACGAACACGGGCCGCCCAACGAAGGCCCCAGGUUCGGCGGCGUGUUUCUCCCGAGGACUAUGCACUAUCGCCGUUUCGCUUACAACUAUGACUCAGCUGACCUGCUGGCGACGCCCGGCGUGCCAUGGCAAGCCAUCUGCCGCAGCAAGAUGUGCGUCAAGACUUUCUUCUUCGCCACGGCAACUUUCUUGCUGGGCAUGGUGUUCCUGGUCACCAUGCGCAUGUCGCUACAUGACCAGCGCGUCACCGUCGACGACUACGACCUGCCGCCGUCUCUUGAUGGCUGGAAGGUGCAGGCGCUGUGCCAGGGGCCCCCGUUGGACGUGCUCUUCUUUGUGCACACCGCCUCUGAGCACACGUCUCACCGGCAGUUCCUUCGCGACACCCUGGGUGACCCCACGGUCAGCGAGCAGCUCAACUCGGCCAUGGUCUUCUUCGUGGGUCAGUCCAAGAACGUCACCGUACGUCGCGCCAUCCAGGAAGAGGCCCGCAGCGUCGGGGACGUGGUCGUGUUCCCGUUCGUAGACACGUACCGCAACCUCACCUACAAGUUCGUCUACGGGCUUAAGUGGGCCAAUGACAACUGCCGCGAGUCGGUGCGCUUUGUGGUCAAGAUCGACGACGACGCGCUCGUCAACGUGUUCCUUCUCGCCGACUACCUCAAGAACGUCACCGGCCCUGCCGCGGAAACCAGUGUCCACUGUCUUGCCUGGAUGCGGACGCCCGUGGUGCGCAAGCGAGGUUCUAAGUGGUUCGUCACCCGCCAAGAGUACGCGGCCCGCACGUACCCGACCUACUGUGGUGGUCUGGGCUUCAUCCUGCCCGUGCGCACGCUGCCCAUGCUGUUCAACGCUUCACGACAGGCGAGCUUCCUCUGGAUAGACGACGUCUACUCGACGGGCAUCCUGGCAAAAGUGGCCGGCGUGGGUCACGUGCAACUGCGCCAGUACUACGACCUCUUUCCUAACGAGACGGCGCCGACAGUUAGGCGCAAGGCUAUGUUCACCCACCUAGGAACAGCCAGUAUCAUCGAACAUCGGUACAGGAUGUGGGACGAUAUAAUGCAAAUGCACAACGCCACUACGAGGACAGAAGGUUCAGGAGGGUAGUGUCUGGGGAGCUCUUCACACAAUGAAUUCAUGCCUGGCUGUGGGGUCUGAACCGCCCCAAGAGCCAGUUUCUGAGCUGGGCAAAUGGGAACCUGAACUCGGCGGAACAGUCUAGUCUGUGUCUUUGCAUUGGGGUGCAAUGGUUCUGCGUGUAUUGACGCUGUACACCAUGAUCAGUGUCGAAGAUGAAAGGUCUCCGAGCUCUGCUUCUCGCAAGGAGCAACGAGAGUUGAAUGAUAUGUUCCCAAAGAAGUGAAGUGCCAGUGAAUACGCCUUUGUGAUUCUACGAAGCAGCAUACAGCGACGUCCAUUCUACCUAAGGUCAUGCAUGGCGCUCGUUUGUCAGCUGUUCGUGUGCCUAAUAUAAGCAUUUUGUCGUACAGGUGUUUGUUCACCGAACUACUCGGAGUUGUUUUUCUGCCACCACACCGUGUGUAGUGCCGUGUCAUGCAAAGCUGGCAACAGUCGCGCCAAUAUACCGUUAUGUCCUGUUUGCGAGCAAAAUGGCGAUGACCACUGGAUUAUUCGUGCGUCUGCGAGGCGUGGUUCGCGUGGAUUGCUCCCUUGCUGUUAUUACAAAAAGUACAGCGUGGUGAGACAUGGUAACCCAUGGUCACAAGACGCGUUAACACAUCGUGACUUUGUAUUUGUGUGUAUGUGUGUGCGGCCCUCCGAAGCGUGGUGACUUUGCUUGUCCCUCUGGUCUCGUCGCGAUGCAUUCUGGGCACAUACAGCCAUGCGCAGCGCGUCGCAUUCCAUGCUGUCUAAGUUUGCAGCACAACGAUGCAUUGGCUUCGCCUGAUGCCAACUGUUUGCAAAGAGCUAGCUGAGCUUUUCAGCGUAAAUACUGAAUCGUCAGUUCGAGGGCAAGCCCAGCGCCUAUAUAUUAUUACGUUUUUACACAAAGUAUCGCGAAACAUGGGCCAGUUUACACAUGCGAAGCGUGUUAAGUUAAUAUUUCGUGUAUGUUGUUCGUUUGUUUCAUAAAUGUAGAGCAGAUAUUUAUACACUGGCACGUUAUGGUAUUUUGUUCAUUACCGUUUUAUGAGAGUCUACUUUGAAGGUUGCUCGAAGAGCCCUAAUAUGUGCACAGGAAAUCUUUUACGUUUUCCUAGGCAUUUUGGAAAUGUUUCCUUCAUCCUUGUCAUUGUUGGCUAUCUUAUCGUUUCAGUAGCCUUGCUAAUAUGAAUUGCGAACGUCAAGCUAACGUGGCUGAUCUCGAUCGAAUAAGCCUAGUCGGCCCAACUGCCUAGUCAUGGAUGCAGAAUGGGUUAAGAUAUUCACGCAAAGUGCAGCAGUGCAUUUCAGAUACAGUUAAUUACCGAUGCAGUCAGUCAUUCCUCGUAUUAAGGCUCAAGAGCCAAGGUAUUUCAGUUUUCUUAAGCUUGUUAACAAUGGGCAAACCACAUACUGUUCAAAACAAUCUUGGUAGUGUACAGUUGUGGCUUUGAAACAGCACCUGAGCCGACGACGUGUGCAGUUCAUGUGUGGUGGAUGUGACGUAUGUUCCGGCACGUGUCACAAGAGAUAAGCAAGAGACCUCCUCGGUAUGGCCUUCGAGAUGUCGAGCUCGCCGCGGGUGCAGCCUGUGAUCCCGGAGGUCAUUACAUCGAGUUGGUCGUACCAUUGACCCAAGGACGCUGAACCUCGAUCAACUUCCUGGGGUGUGCCACUCACGAAAUGCCUUUUUUCUCAGUAUCGCCAUUGACAGCGUCUUAUAGCUUGGUCCUUGUGACGCACAUAUUAUUGCAUUUCAGUCGUCAAAUUUAGCACUGCACACGCAAUAUUGCUGCUCUUUUGAACACAGCUUUUUAUGUGGUUGGUUGAAGUUGGCCAUUGAUAAUGGCACAGCCCGCGUCCUUUUGUGAAAUUUGAAGAGUGCCUCUAAAGAGCCGGAUGGUUAAGCUACAGUUAACAGCAGUGUCGAAGCGUCGAAUAUGUUUGGAGUGAUGUAAUAAAAUAUAUUUUAUUUUUAGCUUUCUUUUUUUUCUCAUUAAACAACUGGAAUUUGAAUUCA